AUGGCACCGCAAUUCAAGAGGCUUACGGACUGUCCUGAAAAUUUAAGGGAGGCCAUCGAUUGGCUGAUUCAGGUGAGGCAUGGUGGCGAUGGUAAGGGUCUUGAUGAGUUGGCCAAAGCUAUGAAAAAAUUGAUUGAAGGGGCUAUUGUAAAGUCUUUCAGCAGCUUUUGUGAUCAUCUCUGCACUAGUCUUGAUUCAGCUGGGAAACGGUACGAAUGUUGUAGGAUAAAAAUUGAGGGCAUCAAAGCGCUGAAGUCAGAGACUAAUAAGGCCGGAAAUGUGGAGGAUAAUAAAUUACAAAGACUUUUGAAUGAGGUUAAAGCAUUAAAGAAUGGCUGUGAAACAAAUCAUCGUGUUGAUUCAUCCACAAAUAAGGCUUUAAACGAUGUUCAGUCCAGAAUUGAAUAUCUUGAAGGGCUUAGCAAAAAUCUCAGUGAAUUUACAAGAGACCCCAAUCCUAUUUUAAAACAGUUGUGCUGUGGCUUAGAAACCUUCCUAGGCUUCGAUCCAAAAACCAAAGGCUACGAUGGGACUGGAAUUGUCUAUUCUGACCUUGAUAGGCUGUGUGAUGCGGUGAUGGCGUUUUUGCACAGGGUGUUGGAGAGUGUUAAAGAGGAUGAGAGUGUUAAAACGUACUGGAGUUGUGUAAAUGAAGAUGUUGAUACCAUGAAAAGCCAAUUGCAAACAGGCCAAAAGGGUCUUGGAGGGUUUUUGUCAGCGGUUGAGAGCGGAGUUAUUAAUUGGGAACGUGUUUGUCAUGAGAAGGUUGGGAAAGUCACAGAUGAAUUAAAGAAGUUGAAGUCAAAUUUAUCAAAAGACCUUAAAUUUAUAAAGAAAGAAAAUGUCGAAUUAACAUCCGUUGAGGGACAUGUGAAUCGGUGCAUCCAGAAGGCUAAGGCUUCGAUUACCGCACUUGUGGAUACUCCCGAUUCCGGUAUUCGAGCGUUAGACCCUUCACUUCAAAAUAACCUGAAAGAGCCUUCAAGGCAUAUAAGGCGUGAAAUUUGGAGGUUUGGCAGUUCUGCAGUCAGAAAUGCUAUGCAUCUGCAGGAGUUGUCGGAUAAAGUACAGAAUGAGUUGGAAACUCUUGAACAUAAUGUUAAAUAUGAAAUAAAAGAACGUGUUGACGAAUAUAAAUCGACUUUGACAAGUGUCUUUAGUAUUAUCAAUAAAGAUAUUGAUAGAAUACGGGAUAAGCUGAAAGAGCAUGUCCAGGCCUUGACGACAUGGAUUCAGGCCGCUGAGCUAUUGGUGACUCAGGCUAUUCCACAGAUUGACGCUAUAUUAAACGCAAUUCUAGAUAGGGACAACAAAACGCACCCGCAGAAUAUAAGAACAAGUGCGGAGACGUUACAAAGAAAAGCCGACGCCCUCCGGCAGGCCGUCGAGAACGCCAAAGCAGUUCUGGAGCCGUUGGUAGGGAGUAUUUCAUCGGCAGUUAAGGAAUUGGAAGAUGUAUAUAAGCAAACUUUAAAAGCGUUGCAGAGCACUCUGAAGCAUCAGAUUACUGAGGCGCAGGGAAAACUCAAUCAGUUGGAUGGCAAGGUACGUGAUGAUUUGGGGGGGCAGGUUAAAGAGCAUAUAAUGGCUGAGAUUACGAAGGUUAUCACUCAGUUUAAGGAAGGAAUUAUGACGGCUGCGCAGGAUGAAGGUACGAGUACUGCCUUGUUUAUCCAAGAAUUCAGGAAUGGCUUGAAUCACCGCGGUGAUGCUAAAGCUUUGUGGCAGUGGGCCGAUGCGUGGGGAAAAAGUAGAGGCGUCGGUCAUCCCCUAGAAAAAUUGCAAAGAGUAGACACCAAUUUUAAAGAAUUAAAGGAAGUGUUGAAGGAUCUCGAAAAUUAUAAGUUCAACACCAAAAAUUUCUUCGGUGUCAUCAUCGACGAUCUCGAAUCGAAGCUGAUGGAGGCAAUUAACACGAUAAAACGCAACUUACUGCGGAGUAUGCCAAAUUAUCAUGGACAUGCGAAUAACAAUAACGGUACGAUUCAUAUGGCUAUUAAAGGUGUACAAACGAACAUUGAUGAGUAUUUUCAGGGGGAUGAGUCAGGUGAAUUAACUGAAGAGAAACUUGAACAGCAUGGUUAUAAGGGCGGCGAGAAAAAUAAGAGAGAAUUGCUGACCGAUGAAAUCCAGAAGAUAGAAUCUCAGGGGUUAGCUAAGUUCGAACCCUUUGAGAACGGGCGUCGUGAUGCCAUUGAAGAAAAUACAUUCUCCACUUUAUACGGCAAUAUAACCUCCAACCUUACACAACUCAUCUCUGCCAUCAAGGAAAACGGUGACAAUGAUCAACACGGUAAAGAAGGUAUCAAACAAAAGUUGGAAACACUAAGAGAUACGUUUUUUAAUAAAAAGGCGAUGGAAAGUAACGAUAGUAUCUACAAAAUCUCUAAAGAUCUUGACGAAUUGCAAUCUCGCAUCCUUGGCGAAUUGAUCAAAAAAGCCGCCGAUUUCCUUAGCAAUACGAUUCCGAACAAGGCAGAGAAGUGCGUGAAUGAUAUACAUAAGCAUUUGUCCCAAGCGUCCGAGAAUGCAAGGUAUCGUAUUAUCCAUGAGGCUGAGAAGCAGUAUAAGGCUGCGAGAAUAUUCGAGUUAGAAGUAUUAGAAAAAUCUGUCGAAAAACAGUUUGAUGAGAUUACAAGAAGACUUGCUGCAGAUACAACUUCUGGAAUCAAGGGCUUUUUAAAAAUGAUUAAAGGUGAAAAAUCAGGUAAUAAAUUCGAGGCGCUAAAAAAUUCGUCGACGUUAGAUGUGCUAUACAUCAAAAUAAGGGAUUAUUUGAAGUCAAUAAAUAAUUAUGUCGCUAGUGAAUUCGACAAUCCGCCUUAUCUCAGGUAUAUUGUUUCCCAGCUACCCCUCUACCUUGAGAAUCUCCUUGAUGGUCUUGCCAGGCACGAUUACGAUCAUACCGUUUCCACGAAUCUAGCCGAGUUGAAUAAAUGGGUUGCACAUAUACAUCCUAAGUCGCUUGUAGAGCCGUCCAAUCUGCCGGCAGAGGCGCUCAAGAACGGCUUGCAAGCAUUUGGCACCGAACUUGGUAAGGCGUACUUCAACAAAUAUUCCGGGGACACUUGGGACUUGAGGUGUUGGUAUAAUUUCGGCAAAAUAGGUUUGACUAUCUUACAUACUUUACACCGUGACCUUAGCGGGUUGCUUGACCGUUGUGACAAUGAGUGGCGAGAUAUGAACAUUGAUUUACGGGACAAUAGUGCACUUGGAAAUUCGCUUGAUAACUGCGGAUUCAAAGUUUCGGAUGCCAUCGAGAAACAAAAUGGCGAGUUGAACAAAGAUAAGAAGGGCGAAAAUAUAUUGACGCUUCUUAUACAAAACGACAGACUCUUCGAAAGAGCAGCGUUGUACAAAGGAGUCGUCAUUGAUUUAUCAUAUAACCUGAAAUUGUACUACAAGGCACACCAAUUGCGUAUUAUUGAGUCAUAUAAGGCUCCAACUAGCGUGUUUGAAAUGUUGUGUUGGUUGUCCGGCCUACGCCACAGUCGCGCAUACAGCGGGCUUCGCGAUCAGAUUAAAAGUCUCUUCUCGAAGCCGCAAAAAGAUGAAACUAGAAAUAUUUCAAAGAUGAAUCCCUCUGAACUCACCCUCUCUGCCUAUCCAGAAUCAUUCAGUGCAGCCGACAUACAAGCCACAAUACGCGAUGUCUGCCGAAAUUCGCACGCCGUCCUCACUUCCAUCCUCGGCCAUGGUCAUGCCAGAGGCAUAUAUGCUUGCGACUUUUCUAACAAUGCACUAAAUUUACAUUAUCCCACCGACUUGAUCACGUUAUUGUGCUUAUUCCAUGAUAUUCUCAGGUGUCUCCACCACCAGCUGUAUUUCCUUUACAAACAAUGUUGGUAUGACACCAAAAUGAGUGGAUGGGCAAACUGCUGGUAUGGCAAAGGGGUUUCCGGGUCUCAUUGGCAAUGUAAUGAGCUGCAGUGUGCUGAGUGUGGCAAUAAUACCAACUGCAGUGAGCAUCCCAGAUGCGACAUCAGAUCUCCAUUACAAUCUUUUCUAGAGGAUGGAUUACCCGGGUUUCUUCCACAUCCGUUGGAUGGCAAGUCCGGCAAAAUCAAAUGUACAGUUUCCAGCCACGUUUCUGCUCCUUGCAUAACACCCAUGGGAUUCUCAGAUAUAAGUGUUACAGCGUCACACAGAAGUACGGGUGCGCACCUAAAAAGCGUAGUUGGUGAUUUCUGUGGCGAUUCAACUGCGUGUCUCAGUAAGCUAUGCAGCCAACUGAAUUGCCUUCUCCCUAGUGCUCCAAAAACACUAGGUGAAAUGUUUGCAUUUUAUUAUAAUUUUUUCUAUGAUUGGGAUGCCAGUGGUGAGCAUAGAAAGGAUGCUCUCGGAGAAGCCGUCAAAGACGCAUAUUUUGGGAGUGAUUAUGACCUGAACUCUGUGUCUAAUCUGGUAAACUCCACGGACCAUGCAACUAUUAAGUCAUUCUCAAAACAGGAAUUGGGUCAUGAAGCCGGAGACCUACACUCUUUAGACAGCUUCGACAAAACAUGUUACACCACCGACAAAUACUGUGGAUCAUACAUUAACGCAUUGACGUCCGAUACAUGUCGUAUUUUCAGCAAAUACAAUGCGCCUCAUUACCUGUCGUGGGUUAUCUAUCUCACCGAGUCAUUCUAUAAUUUAAUAUGCGAACUGUAUAAACAGUGUCAUGCGAAUUGUGGAACCGAAUAUAAAAAAUGCCUUGUCACUGGUUGUGUUGAUAUUUGUGGCGUCAAUGAAUCUAAUAAUCAUAAAGCGACGAAGCACGGCAGCCGAUGCAAUUCCAUCCUCAAUUGUCGCUAUACCAUGCAGACAUUGUAUAACUGUGGACUCACAUUCGGUAAUCGGCAACACUUGAAAGGACGGUACGGCAAAUUUUCCACUCCUAAGAAGACAUGUAGAACAUUCAUUGCACAACUGGAGGUUGUUUGCUCAGACAGCUCAAUACUUUCCAAGCUUAUUCACAGAACAAUCCCUGAAUUCCUUUGGAAGAUUAGGGAACCUUUCUCCUACCUCGUCCUCGCCCUCUGGCUCCUCUCCUUCCUGUACCUGCUCCACAUCAUGGUCAUCCGCCUAGACCUGCUCCACAUCAAAUCGCAUUUGCAUAGUCCCUCAUCACAUCGCAUCGCCGCGCAGUCACUACUCGCCGCAGCACGUGUCGGCAAACUUGCCAAGCUCACCUACCUUCAACCUUGA